AAUGUGAAUAAUUGAAUAUAGAGAAAUUAAAGAAAUUUUUAUAUUCAAUUUUUACGAACUUAUACAUUUUAUUUGUUAGUAAACACUGAUAAAACCAUAAUACUAUAUUUGAUAAAAUUGAACAAUGGUGCAGUAACUUAAUACUUCAGUUUAUAUCAUAAAGGAACACAUUAUUUUUUAAUAUUUCAAAAUUAUUUAUUUAAUGAAAAUCAUUUUUAUACGUAUGCUUUUCUUUUGACGAAUGAUAUUUGCUAGUAAGCACAAGUAAAUCAUUACAAGUAAAAAUAGUUUUUAAAAUAAUGAAACGCGUAGAUUAUUACAAGUUGAUAUGGUAUAGGCGUCAUCUUUAACGAAUAUAGUUUUUUCUCCGUAGUGAUAAUGAAUUUUGAUAUCGCAGCAAAUAAACAUGGCGCUGAUUUGAUACUAGAGUUCUUUACUUCGGACAAGCCGCAAGCUUUGUCGCAAUUUGCACAAACUCAGAUAUUUCAUUUUUUCAUUCUGCUUACAUACAAACGAAAUAAUUUACUGUACAGUGAACGUGUCGUCUAUAUUCUGAAUUGUUUUCGAGAGCGAAUCUUUAAUAAACCUGCACGUCAUACAUGUCAAAAUGGCCCGGGAAUAUGAUCAUUUAUUUAAGCUUCUAAUAAUAGGAGAUAGUGGUGUAGGUAAAAGUUCAUUGCUCUUACGAUUCGCCGACAAUACUUUUAAUGGCAGUUAUAUAACUACAAUAGGAGUGGACUUUAAAAUACAAACUGUGGAAGUAGAUGGUGAGAGAGUAAAGCUCCAAAUUUGGGAUACAGCUGGACAAGAACGAUUUCGGACAAUAACUUCUACUUACUAUAGGGGAGCACAUGGUGUUAUUGUUGUGUAUGAUGUGACUAGUGGUGACUCCUUUGCUGAUGUUAAAAGAUGGUUACAUGAAAUUGAACAAAAUUGUGAAGUGGUUAACAGGGUACUUGUAGGAAAUAAGAAUGAUGCACCAAAUGAAAAAGUGGUAUUAACAGAAGAUGCACAAAGAUUCGCUAAUCAAAUGGGAAUUCAAUUGUUUGAAACUUCUGCUAAAGACAAUAUUAAUGUUCAAGAAAUGUUUAUGGCAAUAACACGGCAGGUGCUUAGGACCAAAAAAGAAAGGAAGGAACGACAAGCUAUACAAACCAGUGAAACAGUAAACCUGAGAAAAAGCACAAAGCAACAUAAAAAGAAAUGUUGUUAACAGCAACACAUAAGCAUGAGAUCUGUUAUUAUAUUCAUUUGAAAUGAUAACAGAAGUAAAUUACAACAAAAUUUACAUAUAAAAUAAUACACACCAAUGUUUUAUAAAACUAUUAAGUUUUGUAUUUAAAUUACAUCGAAGAUUGUAUUCUUAUAGAAUUAUACUUUGAUGCUAGUAACAUUUAAUAUACAUAGGAUGCAAAUAUUAUGAAUGUGUAGUAUUCAUUAAGUAAGAAAAACUUUGUACGCAAUUUACUUUCCACUGCUGCAUGCUUUUAAUGCAGCAAAAAAAACAUAAAAAACUAUUUGUAUUAUAUAACUUACAAAAAAAAUUAGUACAAGAAGAUAAAAGAAACGACACAAUAUAAUUGCUUUUUAUUUGUGCUUUGUAUACCAUAACUCAUACAAAAUGAUAUAAAGUGGAAGAUAAAGU